AUUGUAGGAGAUUAAUCAGAUCAUCUUUCCCUUGGUGGAAUUGUUUUUUGAUUUAUUUUCUUGCUCAUUAUGAAAAGGGCUUCUUACCCAGAUUUCAUUCACUUAGUUUUGAUGAGCUUUCCCUCAACUGUCUCUUUUUAAUUUUUCAGGAGUCUUCCCUUUUCCAGCCUACCUCCACCUUUUGACCAUUCCCUCUUCAACCAUAAUUUUUUUUUCAGUUAACGCUAUUACUUUUGGAACAUUUCAAUAGAAUAAUAUAGUUUUUUUUUCAAAUGUUCAACAUAUCCCUUUCACCAGAUGUUCCUUUUCCCUUGGGGUAUUUGCUUCUCACAUAGGUUGGAAACUUCUAAUCUCUCAAAUCAUAUCGCCAUAUAUAUCAUUGCAAGACAGGUAAAUGAGUAUAAGAUGUGGUUACAUAUUUAUGUGGAAUAAAGUUUGUUUGAGCAUUGAAGGUAUAGAAUUAAGCUCUUUUACUUUCUAAUAAUAAUUAUUUUUCUCAUUUUCUCCUGGAGGUGUAUAGUAAAGACUUGAAUGAAUGGCUGAAGUAAAUCAUUCUACAGUGUCUGAAUUUGUGCUGCUGGGACUUUGUGAUUCAUGGGAACUUCAGAUUUUCUUUUUUCUUUUGAUAUUGCUGCUCUACGUGGCCAUUGUCUUAGGUAAUAUCUUUAUUAUGGUUUUAGUUAUCACUGACUCCCAUCUCCAUUCCCCCACGUACUUCCUGUUGGCCAACCUGUCUUUUGUUGAUUUGUGGCUUUCCUCAGUCACUACUCCAAAGAUGAUCACAGACUUGCUCAAGGAAAAUAAAAUCAUCUCCUUUGGGGGCUGCAUGUGUCAGAUCCUCUUUGUUCAUUUUAUUGGAGGGGGUGAGAUGGUGCUGCUCGUGGCCAUGGCCUAUGACCGUUAUGUAGCCAUAUGCAAGCCACUCCACUACACAGUCAUCAUGAGCCAAAGAAAAUGUAUUUGUCUUGUGAUGAUCUCAUGGGCUAUUGGAUUUGUACACUCUUUGAGUGAAUUUGCUGUGAUUGUGGAGCUGCCUUUCUGUGGCCCUAGAGUAGUGAACAGCUUUUUCUGUGAUAUCCCACUGGUGAUUGAGCUUGCCUGCAUUGAUUCCUAUUCUCUGGGAAUCUUGAUGAAUUCUGACAGUGGUAUUCUUGUUAUGACAUGCUUCAUUCUGUUACUGAUCUCCUAUACGUACAUCCUUUUCACAGUCUCCCAUUACUCCAAAGAUGGGGCAACCAAGGCACUCUCCACUUGCACUGCUCAUAUCACAGUGGUAGUGUUAUUCUUUGGACCCUGCAUCUUCAUCUAUGUGUGGCCACUUAACAUAACAUCGCUGGACAAAUUCAUUGCUGUGUUUUACUUAGUCAUCACACCUCUCUUGAAUCCAGCUAUCUAUACAUUUAGAAACAAAGAGAUGAAAAUUUCGCUCAGAAGAUUUAGAAGUCAGUAUGGGAGUUCUAGGCAGAAUUUGUAA